AGUCUUGGGCCGCAUAUGUUGGUGAACUUCUGGAGAAAAAGCAAGACUAUCACUUAUGGUGCCUGCGUGGGUGAGUUAUACAUCUCUCUUGCUCUGGGCUCCACGGAGUGUGUUUUGUUGGCUGUCAUGGCCUAUGAUCGCUAUGCCGCCAUCUGUCAUCCACUGCGUUAUACUACCAUUAUGAGCCAUUCUCUGUGUUUCACAAUGGCUGCUAUCUCAUGGGGAAGUGGCUUCAGCAAUUCAGUAGUACAGACAGUCAUGACCCUUAGUCUUCCACGUUGUGGACAGAACCAGAUAGACAACUUUUUCUGUGAGGUACCAGCCUUGAUCAAAUUGGCCUGCGUGGACACCUCUGUUAAUGAAGCAGAGCUCUUUGUCUCAAGUGUGGUGAUCCUUCUACUACCUCUGGGUCUCAUAGCAAUCUCUUACAGCUACAUUGCUGCUGCUGUACUGAGGAUCCGCUCAGCUGAAGGGAAGCGGAAGGCCUUCAACACCUGUGCCUCCCACUUGAUGGUGGUGUCACUCUUCUAUGGCUCAGCUAUUUGUGGUUAUCUCCGAUCUCCGUCCAACUAUUCCCGUGACCAAGGCAAGAUUGUUUCCCUCUUCUAUACCUUUGUCAACACCAUGCUUAAUCCACUGGUCUACACUCUGAGGAACAAAGAGGUACAUAAAGCCAUUCAAAGAAUCAUAAAGAUCAAGAAUAAAGAUGAUCAAUAA